AUGGCAUCCGCUGGGUUGAUCUGCCAGGGUGAAGCGGGAAGACGGUACCGGCUUGUCCGGCCCCUUGGAACAGUACGCGGCAAAAGUUGCAAUGUAUGGUUGGGACUUGACGAUUCUAAACCCGACGCUGAGUACAUUAUGAAACGGCCAUUAGCAGAUCAAAAUGAAGAAUCCUGGUCCGGUGCUCUCUCUGCUUUCAAGCAUGAACUGGAGAUGCAAAGGCUUUUUGCAAAGGAUCCCAUGAUCCGAAAGCUCGUUGACUAUGUCCCUGAGUCGGAGCCUAGUGGCCUGAUGAUGGUCCUUGAAGCAUUUACGGACUCGCUCUGGGAUGCUCGAAAUGUGAGGCCGUUUACUACGAAAGAAAUCAAAUGGAUAAUGAAGGGCGUCCUUCUCGGCAUAUUUACAGUGCAUAUGAAAGGCCUGGUUUACACUGUUAGCAAACCAUCUACCCGAGAGAUCACUUCUCUCACAUAUCGAAGUCCUGAAGUUCACUUUGGAAAACCAUGGUCUUCGAGUACAGAUGUUUGGUCCUGGGGAGUAAUAUUGGCGCAAUUGCUUCAAGCACAGGUGGACUUCAAGUCACCGGGGAUGUACGAUUCAAUUCAGACCGGUACCCUAGCAGAGAAGGGGAAUGUCAUCCGUGAUCAGCUUGCAAUUGAUUUCGACUUGUCCUCUGUGCCAUUCUACGCUGAGGAUGAGCAAUGCGCCAAAUUUUUGCCUACUCCACAGCCGGAAGAGGCAUACAUGUGGGCUAACACCAUGAUUGAGAAAGGUGUUUCGGGUGAAGAUAUCCAAUUUCUGGUGGAAGUUCUUAACCCAGAUCCAAAUGCGCGCCUUACAGUGCGUGAAAUCCUCGAAAGUGGGUAUCUGGAAGUUUAA